CUGAACCCAUUUACCAACCCCCCUCUACAGCCGUGGUUUCUAAGGUUCUUUCCACCGGAAGCUACGACAAAAGGAAAUGUAUGCGUGGGGAGGGGUUGUGGGAGAGUAGUUCAGGCUUCUGACACAGACUACACCCAGAGAAAGAAGAGCAAGCGCCAUGUUGAAUCCAUUCUUGCCAUCUAGAUCCUUCUUACUCCUUCAGCUGCUCCUGCUAGGGGUAGGGUGCAGCUCCAAGGUCCUCAUGCUCAGUAAGAAUGAAGACACCAAAGCCGAUUUCUUCCUUGGACACACCAGUGUUCCUACUCGGCCCCUCCCAGAGGUUCAAUGCUUUGUGUUCAAUGUCGAGUAUAUGAAUUGUACUUGGAAUAGCAGUUCUGAGCCCCAGCCGACCAACCUGACUCUGCACUAUAGGUACCAAAGAUCUGAUAAUAAAUUCCGGGAGUGUGGCCACUAUCUGUUCUCAGGAGAGAUUACUUCCGGCUGUCAGAUACAAAAAGAGGAGAUCCAGCUCUACCAGACAUUUAUCGUCCAGCUCCAGGACCCUUGGAGACCCCAGAGGCAGGCUGAACAGAAGCUAAACCUUCAGAAUCUUGUGAUCCCAUGGGCUCCGGAGAAUCUAACACUUUACAACCUGAGUGAAUCCCAGCUAGAGCUGAGCUGGCAGAGCAGAUACAAAGAACACUGUUUACAACACUUGGUGCAGUACCGGAGCGACCGAGACCGAAGCUGGACGGAACAAAUAGUGGAUCAGAACCCUAGAUUCUCCUUGCCUAGUGUGGAUGGGCAGAAACUGUACACAUUCCGGGUUCGGAGCCGCUUUAACCCCCUCUGUGGAAGUGCUCAACACUGGAGUAAAUGGAGCCAACCUAUUCACUGGGGAAGCCAUACUGCAAAGGAGAAUCCUUCCGUGUUUGCGCUGGAAGCUGUGCUCAUCCCCGUUGGCUCCAUGGGAUUGAUUAUUACCCUGAUCUUUGUGUAUUGUUGGCUGGAACGGGCAAUGCCUCGAAUUCCCACCAUCAAGAAUCUAGAGGAUCUGGUUACUGAAUACCACGGGAACUUUUCGGCCUGGAGUGGUGUGUCUAAAGGGCUGACUGAGAGUCUACAGCCAGACUACAGUGAACGGUUCUGCCACGUCAGUGAGAUUCCUCCCAAAGGAGGGGCCCUAGGAGAGGGGCCCGGAGGUUCCCCUUGCAGUCUGCAUAGCCCCUACUGGCCUCCUCCAUGUUAUUCUCUGAAGCCUGAAGCCUGAGCCUCAAUCCCUUGAUGGAAUCUCAGGGUCCUAUAGCUCUAAGUGACGCUCACCUCCCCCUGUCAUUUUGCCAAUCUGGAUCCAAUGCCUAUCGCACGCCCCCCCUCCCCACCCACCCCGUGGCUAAUUUUCAAUUUCCUGCCCCAUGUAACUGCUCCUCCAUUCAAUAUGCUCUACUUGAGAAAUACCCCUUGUCCCUUUUCCCUGCACAAGCCCCAUCCCCUCCCCCAAGUCUGGCACCUUCCCUUGUUUUUGGAGACAGUCUUACCCUGUAGCCCUGGGUGGCUGGGAACCCACUAUGUAGGCUGGGCUGGCCUCUACCUCCCAGACUCUCCUCCCGCCUCAGCCUCCAGAGUGUUUGGGUUAUCAGUACGCACCGCCAAGCCCAGCACAGUCCUUCUCUUUUACAGGCUCCUCCCUCCCUUUUUCCACCUACCAUUGAAUUGUUCCUCAAUCAACGAGAAAUAAAGUUUCUACCAAUGAUCA